GGGUAACGAGAAUUCUAUUCCUAUGGAACUAUGUUCAAACUCGCGUGUAAACUGCAUUGAUUUUAAGGUGGAGAACUUCGACGCAGAUGAGAUCCGGCGACUGGGCAAGCGGUUCCGCAAGCUUGACUUGGACAAUUCCGGUGCACUGUCCAUCGACGAGUUCAUGUCACUGCCAGAGCUACAGCAGAACCCACUUGUGCAGCGCGUCAUCGACAUCUUCGAUGCGGACGGGAACGGAGAGGUGGACUUCAAGGAGUUCAUCCAGGGCGUGUCGCAGUUCAGCGUGAAGGGCGACAAGCUGUCCAAGCUGAGGUUCGCGUUCCGUAUCUACGACAUGGACAACGACGGGUUCAUCUCCAACGGAGAACUGUUCCAGGUGCUGAAGAUGAUGGUGGGCAACAACCUGAAGGACACGCAGUUGCAGCAGAUCGUGGACAAGACCAUCCUAUUCGCCGACAAGGACGAGGACGGCAAGAUCUCAUUCGAGGAGUUCUGCAACGUGGUGGGCAACACUGACAUACACAAGAAGAUGGUGGUGGACGUGUAG